AAUAUCAGAUUAAUAUUUUUUAUAUGGAUAAGUGUAAGCAUAUAUAUAUAGUAUUCGUUACCAUACAACACAAAUAAUACAGAAAAAUAUAUUAUUAUGUUUAACGUGCUUAUAACGAUCAUAUAUUUACAUACGAGUGUAUUUUACGUUCAUCUUCUGAUUAACGUAGUGAUACAAAAAUUGUUGAGGUUAAGUAGAAUCAUUUGACUUUAAAUCGUCAAAACGAAAUAUUUUUUUAUCGACUUGGAUUAAAUAUUUUAUUUAUUAAGAUUUUCUUAUGAUGCAGCUUUAAGCAUAUGUAUAUAUAUAUAUAUAUACAUAUAUAUAUAUAUGUACAUAUAUAGAUUAGUGUGCAUAAAAUACAUACGAUUAAUUUUGUAUAAAAUGGAUUUUUAAGUAACUUUAUUGAAUGAAUAAUUCAAUUUUGUAGACUUGAGGAAAAAUUAAAACCAAUAUCAUAAAAAAUGUUAGAAAUAACUUGCAAUGAUCGAUUAGGAAAAAAGGUUAGAGUGAAAUGUAAUCCAGAUGAUACUAUCGGUGAUUUGAAGAAACUAAUAGCAGCUCAAACUGGAACACAUUGGGAAAAAAUUGUAUUAAAAAAAUGGUACACUAUCUUCAAAGACCAUAUUAAACUGCAGGACUAUGAAAUACAUGAUGGCAUGAAUUUAGAGUUAUAUUAUCAAUAGUUAUGUAUAGAUUCGUCAUAAGUACUGAUAAAGUCUUAAUGUAUUAAUAAUUAUUCUGUUUUCACUGUUAUUAUAAUAAAUUUUUUAUUUUAAAUGA